GUGUAUUUCUUGAUUAAAACGCUCGAUUGGAUUCGGGGUGAGGACGACGACACGAAAUAUUCUUCAUUUACGAUUAACGUGGCAUUGGAUUCUUGCGGCUUCCUUUGUGGAUAACUAUAUACGACUCUCGGUUUGACUUCCCCCCAGUCAACCAGCACUUCCGCUCCCCGCCAAGCGACUGUCACGUCUCGUGCGGUCGUACCCCUAAUAAGGCUUUUGCAAAACCUCUGCACUUUCCUGCCACAGUAUAUCCGCCACCUUUCGACAACAAUAAUUAUGGGUCAAACAUUGUCUGAGCCCGUCAAAGACAAGCAUACGACGUCUGACAAUGAUCAGCGUUUGGCGUAUGGCGCAAGUGCAAUGCAAGGAUGGAGGAUAAGCAUGGAAGACGCACACACAACCAUUCUAAAGUUGGAGGACAAAACAGGAAAACAUGUAUCAUUCUUUGCAGUGUAUGAUGGACAUGGAGGCCAGAGUGUGGCAAAAUACAGUGGAGCGCAACUACACGAACGAAUAACAAAGGAUGAAGGAUAUGCAAAGGGAAAUUAUGCGCAGGCUAUAAAGCAGGGUUUCUUGGGAACUGAUGUUGACUUGCGUGCAGACCCGGACUUUCAACAUGACCCCUCCGGUUGCACCGCUGUUGCUGCCUUAAUCACUGAUGACUGGCGCAUCUUGGUAGGAAACGCUGGUGAUUCUCGUGCUGUUCUGAGCGCAAAUGGUGUCGCCGUGCCGCUGUCUUUUGACCACAAGCCUGUGAAUCCUGAUGAGUCACAGCGUAUCAUUGCUGCUGGUGGUUACGUUGAGUUUGGGCGUGUCAAUGGAAACCUGGCAUUGUCUCGAGCCAUUGGUGACUUUGAAUUCAAGCAAAACACCGACCUUCCCGCCGAACAGCAGAUUGUGACUGCAAAUCCCGACAUCACCGAACGAAAGCUGCAAGAUACGGAUGAGUUUGUGGUUAUUGCCUGUGAUGGUAUCUGGGACUGCAUGACGAACCAAGACGUCGUCGACUUUGUUCGCCAAAAGAUUGCGGAAGACAUGAGUUUGCCCGAAAUUUGCGAAGCCAUGAUGGACCGCUGCCUAGCCCCUGACAGUGAGUUGGGCGGAGUCGGCUGCGAUAACAUGACUGUCAUCAUAGUCGGAUUGUUGAAUAACAAACCCAAAGAAGAAUGGGCGGCAUCAAUCAAGCAGAAAGUUGGUCCCACGAAAAAGGAAGAGAGCCCUAUUGUUAAUGGUGUGCCAGAGGACGGUACCGAACCGGUGGAGGUAGAGGAGGAGAGUACCAAGCUGGUGGGAACUGAAAACGCUGGUGGUCAGGCCGAGUAAAAGGGAUGAUAUGUGGAGGAGGGGGGGUUUUUCCUAGCGUGUUUUGUUUUCUUGUGUGUGGCUUCUCUUGGAAUAUUUCUGAUGAGCUGUUGGACGAACUCGGUGUGCGCGUUUUACUCUCGUUGCUCAUUUUUUUGUUUUUUAUCUAAGUGUACGGGCAGGUAUUCCUUUUAUUUUCUUUUUCUUGAUUCAAAAGUCUCCUAGAGAUGUUUGGGAAUACCCAGGGGGUGCGCAUUACCUACGUCCUUAUAUUUUGUGGCAGCGCAUGCCAUAAUUUAAUUAUUGCAGUGUUUACCUUCCCGUUGUGAGUUGGGUGUUUCCGCGGUGGGGAUGUGAGUUCUUUGGUCCCCUGUGUUGGCUUGGAGUAGAGAUGGUGGGCUUGCCUUUAAAGCACUGUUUUUUUCCAUGGUAUAAAACAUGUGGUUCCAGUUUCC